UUGGGUGCUCCUACUAGUGCCCAGUAGCUCCUGCAAGUUCCUGGCCCGGUGGCAAGGCCCGUACACAGUCCUCGAGCGAAAAGGCCCCAUAAACUACUGCCUGCAGCAGCCCAGUAAGCGAACAGAGGAAAAACUCUAUCAUGUGAACCUGCUGAAGAAGUGGGUAGAACCAGCGUCGGUAGUGUCGGCGUACACGGCUCUGGACACAGAUCACGGCAAGGGUACCUUGGUAGAAUUGGGGGAAGAUCUUACCCCCCGCACAAAGACAGGAGCUAACCGAGUUGGUGGACCAAUUCUCGAAUGUGUUUUCUACCUCCCCAGGAAUGACACAGCUGGUCCACCACGAGAUCAAAACCCGUCCAGGAGUAGUGGUAAGACAGUGGCCCUACCGUGUCCCAGAAGCCCGGCGCAAGGCUAUCGAGGAAGAAGUUGGCCGAAUGCUGCGGGACCACAUCAUAGAGGAGUCCCACAGCCCCUGGUCCAGCCCCAUCGUCAUCUACCUGGCUGGUCGGCACUUCGUCCUGGUGACAGACCACGCCCCACUGCAGUGGAUGGCCAAGGCCAAAGACACUAAUGCCAGGGUAACCCGAUGGUUCCUCUCAUUGCAGGAUUUCUCUUUUCAGGUCCAGCACCGGGCAGGGACCCACCAUGGGAAUGCAGAUGGCCUCUCGCGACGGGAUGCACUGUGGGCCCAACACACGACGGCAGUGGGCUCGGAGCUGGGGGGGGUACUGUGGCGACAGGCCGGCACACAGGAAAUAAAGAUCGCUCCUCCCGCGGUGAUGCGGAAGAGGCAGUUCCGCUUCAGCGCCACCAAAUGUUUUGGACGGCCAGAGAGCAUGUGGCGGCGGGGCGGGGCCGCCGACACACUCACGGCUCGUGAAUGGUGCACCGCGUGGAAGAAUUCCACCAUCCGGCAAGCGAGGGGAGAGUAUAAAAGGACGAUAUUCCACUCGAAGAGGGAGAGAAGUAUCUCUGAGCAUGUGACUCCUAACGCGAGUGAUGGCUCCGCCCCCCCUUGACUGUAACUGACGACGGCUGAGACCCUCACCGCCCGAUCGCACUUCAACCCACACACACACACACCCGCACUCCCCUCACCAAUAGCCUUAAAUAAAGAUCACAUAACACUGAAACGGCCUCCUGUGUGUCUGUGCUCCGCCCACCGCCGGCUAAAUUCCCUACAUUAUUUUAUUUAUUUUUUAAUAUCUUUUAUUGUCCAGUCAUUGAUGUGUUGAUGGCCAAAUAUAGACUAUAUGACUAAAUAUAGAAUA